GAGAUCAGGGAGGGAAAAGUGAAAGUCAGAGGGAGCGAGCAGGAGUCUGCCUGAGGAGGAGGGAGGCUGAGAAAGAAAAAGAGGAGAGCAGAGAGGCAGGCUUUGCCUUUUCUGGUAGUUGUAGUCACUGCAAAGACAAGCAGGAAUUCUUUUUGCGCUGCAGAAGGACUGAGAUAUAAACCAGACUGUGGGAGCUGAUAUAUGACAGGAGAGGAGUCUCUGUUGUCCGUGGACUAAACUUUCGCUAUUGCUAAGUGAGAAAGCAAGGAGAACCUUUUGGCCACCAUGGAUGACGACUUUGACCGCCGCAUGGAGCUGAGGAGGCAAAGGAGAGAGCAGAUGCGCCUUGAAGCUGAAAAGACAGGUAACACCAAUGAUGAUGAUGAGGAAGAGGCUCGGGAGCGAAGGAGACGCGCAAGGGAGGAGAGAAAGAAGAUGAAAGACUCAGAGGAAUCUGGUACGACUGAGGUGAUCGACACUAACAGCGUGACAGAGACGGAGUCCUCCACGGCCGUAAACGAAGGGGCAGAUGAUGACCAAGCUUUGCUGGAGCGCCUCGCCAGAAGGGAGGAACGCAGGCAAAAGAGGAUGAAGGAGGCCAUGGAGAGACAGAAGGAGCUCGAUCCCACAAUUGGCACCACCAAUGGCACAGACGUCACAUUGGAAGAGCAGACUUUCAUCAGCAUCAGCAGGCAACAAAAUACAGAGGAGGAGGAGGAGGAGAAGAAGGAGGAGGAAUCUGCCCAGGAGGAGGUGACAAGAACUGAUACUAACUCUUGGAGGAAAGAAGAAGAAGACACAAAGGAGGACGAGAAGGAAUCUGUUGAAGAAUCAAGAACACAAACAACAGAAAAUGAGGAAGAGACUGAGGAGAAGGCUGCAGCAACAGAGGUGGACACUGAGGAGCCAGGUUUAGAAAAUAAAGAUGCUGAAGAUGAGCCUGCGCCUGGUGUUGACAAUGAAGAAGAAGAAGAAAAGAAGAGGCAAGAAGAAGAAGAAAAGCAUCAAAAGGAAAUGGAAGAAAAAGAGAAGAAGAAGAAAGAGGAGGAGGAGAAGCCGAAGAGAUUUGGGUUUAAGGAGAAGAUUGAACCAACCAAACAGAAUGGAGCUGUCAUUGAAAGUAAAUUAAAGAAAACAGAAAAGACAUCAAGGGACAAUCCGCCCUCCACUAAAGCAGAAGACCUGGAGCGACAGGAGGCUGAGCGAAAACUGCAAGAGCUGAAGCGCAGACGAAACAAUGCGGAAAGUGAGGAGUUUGAGAAGAUGAAGCAGAAGCAGCAGGGUGCCGAGGCAGAGCUGGAGGAGCUGAAGAGGAAGAGAGAGGAGAGGAAGAAGAUCCUCGAGGAAGAGGAGAGGCAAAGGAAACAGGCGCUAGAGGAAAAGAAAGCCAAGGAGCAGGAGGAGAGAAAGAGGAUGAAGGAGGAAAUAGAGAAAAGGAGGGCGGAGGCUGCAGAGAAGAAGAAACAGAUGGAGGAGGGGUCUACAAAACCAACCUUUACUAUCAGUCCCAAAGGCUCCUCUAAGAUUGGGGAGAAGGCAGAAUUCCUCAGCAAAUCAGCCCAGAAAAGCACCACAGCCAGAGUGUCACACACUCCUAUUGUCUCCAAGAUUGGCAACAGAAUGGAACAAUACACUUCUGCCAUCCAGGGAAACAAAGAUGUAAAAUCUCCCAAGUCUCCAGUGGCAGAUAUUCCUACGGGGGGAACACGCAGCAUCAAAAGUAUGUGGGAGAAAGGCAACGUGGGCAGCACCUCUGAAAGUCCCUCACCUGCAAACAAGCAGGACGUGGCUGGUAUCAAAGGAAGUGUGACCGGACGUGUCAACAGUUGGACGGGAAAGCCAGCAGAAGGCGAGAAGACAGUAGCGCCAGCACCUGCAGCAGCAGCACCGGCACCAGCGCCAUCAGCAGCUGCAAAGCCAGCAGCAGCAGCAAAGCCCACAGAUGUGAAACCAGCUGAUGUGGGCAACAAGCGUGGCAUGUGGGAAGCAAAGAAGGGCUCUACGCCUGGAAAGUUAAAGAUCAGAAUAGACAUCUUCAACUCUGGCCAGGCUAAGAUAUCUGAUCCAACGCUGACCCUCAUUGUAAACUGUGUGAACGGUUGCUAUCUCAGGAUCUACUAUGCUGCUUAA